AUGAGAGUAGCUACCUCAACGCUGCUGCUGGGCGCAGCUUCGGCUGCUGUCGCCCAGCAAGAGCAGCAUGUGCUGGGUAGCGUCUACGAGACCUUCAAGCCAGUCGGCGACUCGGCCCAGGAGGUUCUCCAAUCUCAUGAGGAUAUCAUGCUGUCCCUGCAAGACAAGUUCGGCAAUAUGCCUGCCGAAGCUAAGGGCCUCUGGGACGAGCUGAGCCUAUUGGUGCCUGGCUUCAUGGAGAAGGCACAUAACCUUGUCUCCCUUCCCAAACCACACCAGCGCAAGCCCGACAGCGAGUGGGAACACGUCGUGAAGGGCGCUGAUGUCCAGAGCCUGUGGGUCGAGACCGAUGGUGAGAAGCACCGCAAGGUCGAUGGCAGCCUCGAGAGCUACAACCUGCGUGCGAAGAAGGUCGAUCCUUCUGUCCUGGGCGUCGACAAGGUCAAGCAAUACAGCGGUUACCUCGAUGACGAGGCGAAUGACAAGCACCUGUUCUACUGGUUCUUUGAAUCUCGAAACGACCCCAAGAACGAUCCCGUUGUCCUGUGGCUCAACGGCGGGCCCGGAUGCUCAUCCAUGAUGGGUCUGUUCAUGGAACUCGGCCCAUCCAGCGUCGAUUCAAAGCUCAAGCUCGUGUACAACGACUACGCCUGGAACAGCAACGCCUCCGUCAUCUUCAUCGAUCAGCCUGUGAACACCGGUUACUCGUACAGCGGCAAUGCCGUCUACGACACCGUCGCUGCGAGCAAGGACAUCUACGCUCUGUUGACUCUUUUCUUCCAUAACUUUCCUGAGUAUGGCACUCAGCCAUUCCACAUCUCCGGCGAGUCGUACGCUGGCCACUACAUCCCCGUCUUUGCGUCCGAGAUUCUUUCGCACAAGAACCGAAACAUCAAUCUGCAGCGUAUCGCCAUUGGCAACGGCCUCACGGACCCCAAGACCCAAUACACUCAGUACCGUCCCAUGGCCUGCGGUGAUGACGGCAGCAACUACGGUCCCAUCUUGGAUGAAAGUGAAUGCCAGUCGAUGGACAACGCUCUCCCUCGAUGCCUGUCCCUCAUCCAGGGUUGUUAUGAUUCCGGGAGCUUGUGGUCCUGCGUGCCCAGCGCCAUCUACUGCAACAAUGCACUUAUAGGUCCCUUCCAACGCUCUGGAUACAAUGUCUACGACAUUCGUGAGAAGUGUGAGGACAUGGAGAACUUGUGCUACACUCAGACCGCUUGGAUUUCCCAGUACCUUAACAAGCCAGAGGUUAUGAAGGCCGUUGGCGCUGAGGUCCAAGACUACCAGAGCUGCAACGGCGACAUUAACCGCAAUUUUUUGUUUCAGGGUGACUGGUCGAAGCCGUUCCACCUCCUUAUCCCGGAGCUCAUCAAGAAGAUCCCUGUGCUCAUCUAUGCUGGUGAUGCCGACUACAUCUGCAACUGGCUGGGUAACCAGGCUUGGACUGAGGAGCUCGUCUGGGACGGCAAGAAGGACUUCAAUGCUGCCAAGAUGACUGGUCUCAGCAUUAAGGACGGUGAGAAGUACGGCGAAGUAAAGAGCAGCGGGAACUUUACUUUCAUCCGCAUCUACGAGGCCGGACACAUGGUUCCGUUCAAUCAGCCCGAGGGCUCUUUGGAUUUUUUCAACCGAUGGAUCUCUGGAGAAUGGAACGCUUAA